UCGGUGCCUGUUCCCUCCUCGUCUUCUUUUAAAGUAAACCGGGUUAAUAAGAUUCAAGAGGCGGAGCCGAGCGCCUCACGCACGAGCAGCAGGAAACAGAAUGGGCUCCCGGCACUUAGCUCAGGUAGGGCCACAGCCUGCAGCUAUGGGGGGCACCUGCCUGGCACGGUGCUGCUGCUGCUGCUGGCAGUCAGGGAGGGGAGCCAGGAAUAGUCAGAUGCUUCCUUCUUCCUGCUAAACUUGACCAGUAGGAUCAGACAUUCCACAGCAGGUGCAUCAGAAGCAGGUGAGAGCCAUGGAGCAACACAAAGCUGCUGAGACAAUGGGGAGCAAGGACAGGGCACAGGGAUCCAAGAAGCUCUUUAGGAACAAGUCACUGAAGUCUGUUGGGAAUUUCAUGCAAAGGAUAUUGAGAACUUUAAGCAGUUUGUCUCACCUGGGGCAAGAUGCUGAGAGAGGUGCCCAGGAUGGAGAGGAUGAUGAUGGGGGCUUCAAGCAGAAAUCCCCCCAGGGUGAUGGGAAGGAGUCAAUGCAGGAGGAUUAUAGGUUUGUCCAAGGAGGUGAUAGCAAUAACAAUCUGGGCAAAUCUCAUGGAGGUUCCAGGUGUCAGGACAGGCUCUCCUGGAGCUCAGAGGAGAGGGUUCCUGGGGUGCAGGGUCUGAAGAACCAUGGAAACACCUGUUUCAUGAAUGCUGUAGUCCAGUGUCUGAGCAACACGGAUCUGUUUGCUGAGUACCUGGGGAUGGAGCAAUACAAAGCAGAGCUGGACAGGUCUACAGGAAAUGAGGGUGUAGUGGACAAGAGGUCAGCAGGAGAGCCCCCUACAGCCAACAGAGGAGCCGUGACUGAGAGACUGGCGACUCUGGUCAAGGGGCUCUGGACCUUGCAGUACACCCCUCAGCUGUCUGUGGAGUUUAAGAAUGUUGUUUCCCAGUACGGCUCCCAGUUCAAAGGGAAUUCCCAGCAUGAUGCGUUGGAGUUCCUGCUUUGGCUAUUGGACAGAGUGCACGAGGAUCUCAACACUUCUACUCACAACAGGACAAACAGAAACAAUGAUUCCUCAAGUGAGGGGAGUAAGCAUGACGUACGUUUAUAUUAUUCUGUGUCUAAUUUUAGGUCGUCCCUCACCUGCCCGCACUGCCACAAGCAGAGUGAUACAUUUGACCCAUUCCUGUGUGUGUCAUUGCCCAUCCCUCUGCGCCAAACCAGGGCCCUGAACGUCAUAUUGGUCUUCCAGUCCAAACAGCAGCGCUUCCUUCGAGUUGGUCUUGCGGUUCCUCUUUUUGGUACCGUGGCAGCAUUGCGGCAGAUGGUGGCAGACAAGGGCAAAAUACCACCAGAACAGGUGAUCCUGGCUGAUUUGUACUCCAGUGGAUUCCAGCGCUCAUUUUCCAAUGACGAAGACUUGAACACCAUUGCAGAGGGGGAUCAAGUCUAUGCCUUUCAGGUUCCUCUGUCAUUACCUAAAGCUGGGAGCUCCUCUCGCUCUUCAGGUUACCCUCACAGCCUCCCAUCCUCCCCGCGAUGCCCAGAAGGUGAGACACAUCGGUUUCCUGGAGCCGGAUCAUUAUCAUCAGAGUACUUGGCAUCCAGCUCAAAAAUUCUCCUCCUCUUGUGCAACAUGGAUGGGUCAGGACAGCAGAGUGGCAGGUUUGGACCCCCUCUACUCGUGAGAGAAGAGAGAACAAUGUCCUGGGAACAGCUGCAGCAGUGCAUCUUGGGAAAAAUGCGUUACCUAAUGAAGAAUGACGCACACCCUCCAAAUGUUUCUCCUCUCUUCCAUAUUCGGGUAGUGGGGGGACCGGUGAGCGGCAGUUACCUUUCUCCAAAGGAUGUUCGACCCCUUCAGCACCCGGCAGUCGAUCGAGCCCUGCAGAUCACUGGAGCUGGAGGACCCCCCCAUGUGAAGAUUGCGGUAGAAUGGGACCCCAAAAUUAAAGAGAGGCUGUUUGGCUGUAUACAAGAGGAAGUUGUGCAGGAUGAUGAAUCGGUGCAAACCCAGCAACUGGAUCACCAGCAGCAGAGUUGCACACUGGACGAAUGCUUUCAUCUGUACACCAAAGAGGAGCAGCUGGCUCCAGAUGAUGCCUGGCGGUGCCCACAUUGCAAGGUUCUGCAGCAGGGAACUGUCAAGCUCAGCCUCUGGACCCUACCAGACAUUAUGAUCAUUCACCUCAAGAGGUUCCGCCAAGUUGGAGGCCGCAGAAACAAAUUGUCCACCCUGGUGCGGUUCCCCCUCAGUGGUCUUGACAUGGCUCCCCACGUAGUGAAGAGAAGUCAGGUGACCAAGAGCAUGCUGGGACAAUUGGUAUCCUGGAAACAUGGCAACCCAGAGAACGGGCAACUGGACGCCUUGUAUGACUUGUAUGCUGUAUGUAACCACCAUGGGAGCCUGCAGGGCGGUCACUAUACAGCCUAUUGCAGGAACUCCUUGAACGCCCGCUGGUACGGCUAUGACGACAGUACCGUAGAGCUGGUUCCAGAUGAAGAGGUCUGUACCCGCGGUGCAUAUAUUCUUUUCUACCAGAAGAGGAACGCUAUCCCUGUCUGGUCAGCCAGCAGCUCUGUCAGAGGUUCCACCAGCUCCUCAAUAUCAGAUCACUGGGCCCUCAGAUUAAAUGGGAGCAAAAGAGAGAGUCUGGUGUCUCGGGCAACCACCAACAUCACCACCCUGCCUCAAAUUCCCGACUCACCCGUCUUCCUGGAUAAGGAGUCUCACCCUGACAAAGGCUGCAUGGGAUCCAAGUCCUUUGUUAGGGGUAUGAAAGGUCGCAGUGCCAGCAUGAAGGUUCCUUCAGCUACCAAACUCAAGUUAAGCCUCAGUAAGGCUGUGCCUCUGCGGUGGUCAUUUGGGUCUAAGGAAAGGCCGAAGCCUGUAACCGGUGAACUUGUUGAGUAUUUGGAAUCUGGACGGAGACCAAAAUAUACCAAUGACUCUAUAGUCCCACUCAUGACCGGUUCUGUAAGUCCAAAAAAAGGUCAGCCAAAGUUGUCCAAUACAAAGGCCCAAGGUGCCACUGGGACUGGAAAGAGCAGUGACAGUGAACAUGGGAUGGGAGAGCCCAAAAUAACGGAAGGCCAAGCCAAACAUACCAGUUCUUCUUCAAAGGUUGACUCCCAGAGAAAUAAGCCAAAGGACAAACCCAACCCCUUGGAAAGCACUUCAUAUAGUUCCUCAGCAAGGUUGGAAGGAGCAGCUCAGCCAAAACACACAGAUAAAAAAAGUGUUGAUGGUCCAUCAGGAGCAACUUUGUCUCAUGCUGAUAGGUCUGGAAGAGGAAAUACAUACUCCAGUAAGAAAACAGACAACAACCAAAGAAACCACCACAUAGAUGGAGAUAACAAGACCAGGAGUGAGGCAGAAGGACAACAAGAUGUCAGAUUGACAAAGUUGCGAUCCAGCCUUUGGAAAAAGGAUCACAAGAAGCAGAGUGUUUCUGGAAGUUCCAACACUCCAGAACUCCCUAAUGGUGUGUCAAGGACUUCACUGGCAAAUGGGGUUUUGGGUGAUGGAAGGACUAGUUGUUCAACGCCACAUCAUUACAAGGAGGACCUAAACAAUGGCAAGUCCCCGGUGGACAUCAGGCGUGCUCAGAGCUCAACCAAUGUUCAAACCAAGGCAGAUUGGACUAUGAAGAGAUCUGCCUCACUCUACAAAAAUGGUACUACAUCCCACCAACCACUCAAGCAGGUGACUACACAAAAGACAUCUUCAGGCAACCUGCAGAGAAUGAGAUACCAAACUUCUUCUCUGGGCCGAAAGAAGACUGUGCCUGAAUCCAGCUUUUAAAAUGGGUCACUAAAGCUUGGUGGUUGGCUUUUUGUUAUCUAUGGGGACCGAUACAGAGAUUUUCUAUUGUAAAAUGUCAGAUCCUAGUCUUUGAUAGGAGCUGUAAUCCUGGAGAUUAUUAUGACCGCUUGAAAUGCACUUCUCCAAUGUGAUAUCUGUAGCGUUAAAGAUCCAUUGUACUCAGCAAUGUUCUAUUAAACAUAUGAAAGAGGCAUUUAAACAGGUUGAGAUUCUCUUGCAAAUGUAAAGUAAAACCGAUUUAAAUGAAUAUAGCAGAAUCAGUUGUACAUUGUGCUGAUUGUGUGCUUGUGACUUCAAUGUGUUUAAAUGCUACUUUUUCUAGUGUUUUCCUUAGAGUUUAACACCACUUUUUUAGUCCAAAACUGAACUAUAAUUGUGUUAUAUUUCGAUUUUUUUCAAAAUUUAUGUUUAUUUGUAACAAAAAUCCAGAGCUCAUGAGAAGAUUGAAUGGAGAACCCCUCAUCUUCCCAAGGAGAUCCGAGUGAGGCAUAAAUUAUUUUUGGAUCUUGUAAUGUAAAAUUUAUUUCACCUUAUGUGCUCUCAAUUACUUGUUAUACACACUGCAGAGUAUUAAAUGUAUGGGUUUAUUUUUGUACUUGGAAUAUCUGGUUUUGUUGAUUGAAACCAUUAUUCAUUGUUCUCAAUGACAUAUCCAUUAAAAUGUGCUGAGUCUGCUGAAAUAGACUUAUGUUCUCUCUCUUCAUACACAAAGUCCAAUAGAUAUCUAUUGAAAUGUUAAUAAUGGGGGGGGGGGGCUUCAAUGAGCAAAACCAACUAUUUAAGAAAUCUCUCCAACCCACCACUGGGACAUUGAUUUCCAUUACUUACCCGUCUACAUAGCUUUUCUAAAGAUAAUAUGGCUGUGUUCAUAUUUUUUAGUAAAGAUGGUUUCAACUGACAAAAGCAAGUAUUUCAAAUAACCAAAUAAAGGUAAAGGUGUGUUUAGCAAGCAAUUGAAUACACUCCAGCGAGUAAAACAGAUCAUUGGGAACAUAUUAAAUGGGAGAAAAUUUUACAGUGCAAUAUCCCUUUAACUGGUUUGGCAUAAAUGUUCUAGCCUCGAUAGGACAGAGGUCCUGCAGUAGUAAAAAAACAUUUUAAGACUGAACGGUGCUCUCUAUAAAAGCCAAAGUGAGCUGGGUGACAUUUUUAAUGAGAUUAUAUUUUGUUAAAAAUUGAAAGAAAAAAAAUCUUUAGCUGUGUAUCAUUUGCCAAGUCAGAAACUCUGGUAAUGGGCAUUGUUAUUUAAUGUUUGUAAACUUGGAAUAAGCAGGUUUUUAAAGAUAAAGCUACUUAUGUUUGCAAAACCUAAAAGGUGCAAACUUUGAAAAGGUGCCUUAUAUUUUUAUAUAAGUCCUAAAUUGCCAAAUUUUAAUUUAAAAAAAUGGUUUUACAUAUAAACUCAGUACGACACAAAAAAUAACUAUUUUUAUGCCUUCUUGAAACUGUGAGAUCAGUUAAUUUGUUAUUGACUUUAAUUGCCUUUAAAAGAGAUUUUUGCAAAGCUGUGUUUUUAAAAGUAAGGUUCCGUAGGGGCGGGGUUUCUAGGCCGUAUAAGGUAACAUUAACUCUCUUUUCAGGUCCGGUUACAAUACAGGUAGAGUGAAGGGUUAGUCUGUAGUGUAAUAAAUAGUUAAAGGAAUUCUGUUCUCUCAUUGGCCUAGAUUCAAUAAAAUCCUUUUUAUAAACGAAUAUCUUGCAGACAAAAUGCACAUUGUACACUUGUUCUUCAGGAGUUAUGGACAAAGCAAAUCACUCAAAAGCAAAUGAUUUUCUGCAUUUAGCACCUUUGUGAGAAUUUCAGGGCAAAACAGACUCUACAGAUAUUUUGCUCGAAUUGGUCAACUGGUGACAUCAUUCCAAUCCCCCAGAGAAUACUGAAAUCACGUCAGAACGGCUCAUACAAUGUUUACUUCUUGUACAUGGUGUGAAAGGGACAUUUAAAUGUUCAUGGGUUAGAUAUUUUAAGAGACUUUUUAAUUUACAGGUUAUCAAAUAUACUUCAUUCUCUUGUUAUCCUUGUUGCAAAGCAUGCCUAUGUAGGCUUAAUAACAGAAUGCACUAAUGGGAGCUAGCUGCUGAUUUGUGGCUAUGCCAGAUGUGUUCCGCUAGCUCCAAGUAGUGUAUUGUUGCCCUGGAGCCUACUUUGACUAUUUGUGUUACCCGUUUGAAGAGAAUAAACACAUAGUUAAAUGCAAGCGAUAGUAAAAUGUUGUUAGAGAAUUAUUACAUUUUUAUGAUCCUUCAAUAAAUACAGGAGUUUAUGGUUUAGCUAAAUUUGUGCACAAUUUACAUUCUAACAUCAAAACGUUAAUUUAUGGUUUCUGUGAAGUGCCUGGAUGUUUGAAAAAACGUGUAAACUAUAAAAUAACAUAAAAUGACAUGAACUAGUUACAUGAAUACGUCAUGAAUUAAUAUUACUGGUUACGUAAAAAAAUGCAUUUAAACACAUAAGGCGGCAGCUCCUGUUAGUCUUGAAUUAUCUGCUAUAUUUUACUUCUGUGUUCCUUGCAGGUUUGUACAAAUCCCUGUUUAACCCCCUUGGAAGUCUGCUAUAUGUCUUAUGGUUGUCAUGUGAUUAACCAGAUUUUCCUGAUAGGUUGUAUAUGAAUUUUGAGCAACUUUAACUGUUGCUCUUAUAACAGGUAGGAAUAGCUUAGCGAACGAUUCAAACAAUAAAUCACCCAAGAGUUGCCGUGUUUUUACACUCAGAAAGUGUGCAUAUAACUGUAUCAUGUGACAGCCAUCAGCCUAUCACAGACUCAUAUACAUAUACACUGUGAGCUCUUGCACAUGCUGAGUAGUAGCUGGUGCCUCAGACAGUGUGUAUAUAACAGUAUCAUGUGACAACCAUCAGCCAAUCACAGAACUACAUAUGUAUACACUGUGAGCUCUUGCACAUGCUCAGUAGUAGCUGGUGCCUCAGACAGUGUAUAUAACUGUAUCAUGUGACAGCCAUCAACCAAUCACGGACUCGUAUACACUGUGAACUUCUGCACAUGCUCAGUAGGAGCUGGUGCCACAUAAAAUGGCAAAAUCAAAGUAUACCUAGUGAGGCUCGUAAGCUUAUAAUUGGUGGAUGCACAUAUAUACCUCUUGUUAUUGACUUUCAGCUAGCUCCCAGUAGUGCAUUCCUAUUCCUUCAACAAUGGAUAGCAAGAGAAUGAAGCAAUAAUAGAUAGCAGGUUGUUUACCAUUGUAUGAUCUAUAUGAAUAAUGAAAGAAACAUUUUUGGUUUCAUGUCCCUUUAAGAUGCUUUGGUUAACAUUAUUAACAUACGUUUAAUACCAGGUGCGUUAUCGAUUGCGCUCCACUUGUAAUCUAGCCAUUGUGUACGCAGUGUGUAAUACUGAGGUUGCUCACUGUGUCUGGUCACUAAACGGCUGCAGGUGAGUUUCCCUUGUGCCCUCACAUCUCAUGUGACAAACAAACUCCCUGAUAUCUGUGUGUCCCUCUCUCUUCUUCAUAUGACAAACAUUUAUUCUAUUACAGACACACGUAGACUAAACUCCCUGAUAUCUGUGUGUCCCUAUCUCUUCUUCAUGUGACAAACAUUUAUUCUAUUACACAGACAUAUGUAGACUAAACUCCCUGAUAUCUGUGUGUCCCUCUCUCCUCUUCAUAUGACAAACAUUUAUUCUAUUACACAGACACAGUGUGUCCCUCUCUCCUCUUCAUAUGACAAACAUUUAUUCUAUUACACAGACACAUAGACUAAACUCCCUGAUAUCUGUGUGUCCCUCUCUCUUCUUCAUAUGACAAACAUUUAUUCUAUUACACAGACACAUAGACUAAACUCCCUGAUAUCUGUGUGUCCCUCUCUCUUCUUCAUGUGACAAACAUUUAUUCUAUUACACACACACAUAGACUAAACUCCCUGAUAUCUGUGUGUCCCUCUCUCUUCUUCAUGUGACAAACAUUUAUUCUAUUACACAGACACAGUGUGUCCCUCUCUCUUCUUCAUGUGACAAACAUUUAUUCUAUUACACACACACAUAGACUAAUCUCCCUGAUAUCUGUGUGUCCCUCUCUCUUCUUCAUGUGACAAACAUUUAUUCUAUUACACACACACAUAGACUAAUCUCCCUGAUAUCUGUGUGUCCCUCUCUCUUCUUCAUGUGACAAACAUUUAUUCUAUUACACAGACACAUGUAGACUAAACUCCCUGAUAUCUGUGUGUCCCUGUCUCUUCUUCAUGUGACAAACAUUUAUUCUAUUACACAGACACAUGUAGACUAAACUCCCUGAUAUCUGUGUGUCCCUCUCUCUUCUUCAUGUGACAAACAUUUAUUCUAUUACACAGACACAUAGACUAAACUCCCUGAUAUCUGUGUGUCCCUCUCUCUUCUUCAUGUGACAAACAUUUAUUCUAUUACACAGACACACAUAAACUCCCUGAUAUCUGUGUGUCCCUGUCUCUUCUUCAUGUGACAAACAUUUAUUCUAUUACACAGACACAUGUAGACUAAACUCCCUGAUAUCUGUGUGUCCCUCUCUCUUCUUCAUGUGACAAACAUUUAUUCUAUUACACAGACACAUAGACUAAACUCCCUGAUAUCUGUGUGUCCCUCUCUCUUCUUCAUGUGACAAACAUUUAUUCUAUUACACAGACACACAUAAACUCCCUGAUAUCUGUGUGUCCCUCUCUCUUCUUCAUGUGACAAACAUUUAUUCUAUUACACAGACACACAUAGACUAAACUCCCUGAUAUCUGUGUGUCCCUCUCUCUUCUUCAUGUGACAAACAUUUAUUCUAUUACACAGACACACAUAGACUAAACUCCCUGAUAUCUGUGUGUCCCUCUCUCUUCUUCAUGUGACAAACAUUUAUUCUAUUACACAGACACAUGUAGACUAAACUCCCUGAUAUCUUUGUGUCCCUAUCUCUUCUUGAUAUGAAUUGUUUUACCCCAACAGUCCUAAGCGCUGACACUUUAGUUUCCCUCUAAGACUAUAGAAAGAUAUUUGCACUUAUGAAAAGCUGUUUAUUUUUAGAAGGGUAAAAGAUUUUCCGGGAUUGAAGGCUAAUGGACGUAUAUAACAUAUUCUGUAUAAGUGUUGUAGUGAAGGACGUCCUAAACUGAAGACACUAAUCUCUUCCAGAGGUAAAGAAGUAUUUAUUCAUUUUGUAAAAAAGAAAAAGGAUUGUUUUAUAUAUUAAUAUACACUUACAAAUGCUUUCUAAAGGCAGCUAUUUUGAUAACUGCAAAAUACAUUUUUCACAUGUUUUUAAGACUAUGCACUAAUGAUUGUUGAUUGAAUCUUUUUAUCUGCUUUUCAGACUUUAAUAAAUGAAUUAAAUAUG